UUUUCUUGUGCACCGCAAGGAUCAAAUGUCACAUGUUUCCUUCCGAUCUAUAAGAUGGUAGAAUGUUUGUUGUAUUGGGUGGCAUCGCCGAAGAGAGAAGUCAUCCCUUUAACAUCAAUUGAUCGGUGCAAGCAAAGCUAUGGCAAAUCCGGGAGAAGUACAGUCGGAGCCGGCAACCGAACAGCUCCCCACGGUCUUAAUCCUUCAUCCCCCGUCCUGUUUGAAGUUCUUUGACAACCACUUCUCUCUCAAAUUUCAAGCCCUCAAACCAUGGGAAUCGCCGCUUCCAAUCCACCAAUUCCUCGCCGCGCACGGAGGCUCCGUCCGGGCGGUCCUGACUUCGGGCCUCAGUCCCGUCGGCGCCGACGUCCUCAGCCUGCUGCCGUCGGUCCGCUGCCUCGUCACGUCCAGCGCCGGGCUCGACCACAUCGACUUGCCGGAGUGCAGGCGCCGGGGCGUCGCGGUCGCCGGCACCGGGGACGUGUACUCGGCGGACGUCGCCGACAUGGCGGUGGGGCUGCUGAUAGAUGUCAUGAGGAGAAUCACGGCUUCUGAUCGGUACGUUCGUGGCCGACUAUGGCCUCUCAACGGUGAUUACCCUCUCGGUUCCAAGUUGAGCGGAAAGCAUGUUGGGAUUGUUGGGCUAGGACGCAUCGGCUUAGAAGUUGCAAGGAGACUCCAGGCUUUUGGCUGCACAAUCUCUUACUGUUCAAGGAAGAAGAAGCAAUCGCUUCCUUUCCCCUUCUAUUCUAAUGUUUGUGAACUAGCAGCAGAGUGUGAGAUCCUCGUGGUCUGUUGUGCACUCACAGACCAGACUCGUCGUAUGAUUAGCAAGGAAGCCCUGUCGGCGCUGGGAAAGAAGGGAGUGGUUGUAAACAUCGCACGUGGAGCUGUUGUGGAUGAGAAGGAAUUGGUGCGGUGUUUAGUCCAAGGAGAAAUAGCGGGCGCUGGCCUGGAUGUGUUUGAGAAGGAGCCUGAGGUUCCUAGCGAGCUCUUUGCGCUGGAUAACGUUGUGCUGUCGCCGCAUGGAGCUAUGCACACUGAGGAAUCCUUCAGGGAAUGUUUUGAGCUUAUAUGCGGGAAUUUUGAAGCCUUCUUCUCCAAUAAGCCUUUACUGUCUCAGAUCAUGGAUGACUGAAUAUGGG